UAUUAACUUACAAAAAAAAAACAAAUCAAGACAAAAUCUUACAUCUACUACUUUAUCUUUCUUCUCUUCCUCCUACUUAGUGAAGUUCACUCUUCACCAAACUCUAAAUCCUCUUAUUCUCAUAUAUAUACACACACAUACCUAUACAAACACAUAUAUAUAGCUAUGGGCGAAGGAGAAGCAAAAGCAGAGCAAGCAGCAGCCAAAGCAGAACACAAGAAUGCUCCCUCCGCUUCUUCCACGCCGGAAUCUUCCUCAAAAGAAGGCGGAGGUGGCGGCGGAGACGCUCGCCGUGCAAUCUGCGGUGCGAUCUUCACCAUCCUCGUCUUACUAGGUAUCAUCGCUUUGAUCCUCUGGCUCGUCUACCGUCCACACAAACCACGUCUCACCGUCGUCGGAGCCGCCAUCUACGACCUCAACUUCACGGCGCCGCCGUUGAUCACAACCUCUGUUCAGUUCAGCGUUUUGGCGAGAAACCCUAACCGGAGAGUCUCCAUUUACUACGACAAGCUCUCCAUGUACGUGACGUACAAAAAUCAAAUCAUAACGCCGCCGCUUCCGCUUCCUCCGNGUCACCAAAAAAGUCAAUCGUAUAAAUAG